UCUUGAAGUACUUCUACAGUUGAAUGUGAUAAGACAGAUGAUUUUUUACGAUGAAGCAAAAAUACUUGUGCAGUGUUUGUUUUUUCUUGGUUCUCGCUUGCAGAGCAGCAAAUUGUAAAGAACCUCCAAAACUAAUACCUAUGAAUUUUGCUCCGAUGAUUUAUGUCGGAGGUAAAGCUUCAGUUGCCUGUUUAUUGAGCGGUGGUGCAACUCCUAUAAAGUUUUCAUGGUUUAAAAAUCACAAGGAAAUUAUUUCUGAUUUUUCCACCUUUAAAAUUUCAAGCUUGAAUGAUGCCAGCAUUCUCACCAUAGAGCAAGUCAGCUUGGAUGAUACUGGAAAUUAUUCGUGCAUUGCUAAAAACUCAUUUGGAAAUGACACUGCUUUAGCAACUCUUGUUGUUGAAGCUCCCCUGCGUUUCCUGAAAGAACCAUUCGAUGUUGAAGUUACUGAGGGCUCUGAGGUUCACUUAGUUUGUUAUGCCAGUGGAUCUCCUCAACCUCACUACACAUGGACAAAAAUUGAAGAUAAUAAUCACAAAAAGAAGAUGAUAAUCAACUCAGUGGAGGGUCAUCUCGUUUUUAAAGAGACGAAAAUAAGUGAUGCCGGUACUUAUACUUGCCGAGUACAAAACGGUGUCGGUGAACCUAUUGAAAAAUCAGCAAAAGUUGUUGUCCAUGUUUAGUGUUUUGUCGAUAUGUGGCGCUAGUUGCUCGCUAAUGUAUGAUACUAGUCACAACACUCCAUUUUGAGCAUUUAUUUCCGAAUAUCAAGACCUCCAUGUUAUCGACAGAAA